ACCCAUUAUUCCAAACAACAUCCUCACCUCAGAACUUCUCUCUCCUCUGUAUUCUGUUCUGCUUCCCUUCAUUCUCCUCACUACAUCAUCAAAUGGCAUUCUCUAGUGCUUUGCUUUUGUGCUUCUUUUUAGCAUUCAACAUGGCACUUCCAACCCUUGCAACUGUCUACACUGUUGGAGAUGCUUCAGGUUGGGUAAUUGGUGGUGAUUAUAGCACAUGGGCUAGUGACAAAACCUUUGCAGUUGGUGAUAGCCUCGUGUUCAACUAUGGAGGUGGCGCGCACACAGUGGAUGAAGUUAAAGAAAGUGACUACAAAUCAUGCACAUCUGGAAACUCAAUUAGCACAGACAGUAGUGGUGCCACAACCAUUGCUCUUAAGAAAGCAGGCAAACAUUACUUCAUUUGCGGUGUUCCUGGACAUUGUACCGGUGGCAUGAAACUUUCCAUUAAGGUUAAGGCCUCUUCUGGUUCUUCCGCUGCUCCUUCUGCAACACCAUCAUCGUCAGCAAAAGGUUCACCUUCUUCUGAUGGCACCCCCGCCACACCCUCCACUACUACUACUCCUACUAAGCAAAAUGAAUCUUCAGCUACAAGUCUCUCACCAAUUGUUGCUUUGGUUUUUACUGUUUCAUGGAUUUGUAGCUAUGUUUUGGUAUGAUGAGUUUCCUGAGAUAUAGUCAGGACAGAGGCAGUGCUUCCAUGAUUUUCUGUUCACUUUUCAUAUUAUUAUUCUCUCUGGAUUUCAUUUCUUGUUUGAUCUAUUCAUAUUUAUGGAGGUUCUGCAUUAAUUAGUAAUCUAGGAAAUCUUGUAUUGUUAUUCUGUUUCUAUUUUUGCUUAAUAUAUUGAAUGAUUAUUUGUUA